AUGGAGCGUCCAGCAAGUCCGACGCCACAGAAUAGAGCCCCGAGGAAGCUGAUUCUGUGUUUCGACGGCACGGGUAACAAAUUCCACGGCGAUGACAGCGACAGCAACAUUCUCAAGAUAUUCCGGAUGCUUGAUCGCACUGCAGAUGAUCAGUAUCACUACUACCAGCCCGGUAUUGGCACGUACGUUGUGUCCUCUUCACUUACACACACUGGUCUGAAAGGGCGCAUUCGGUCAUGGUAUCAGAAAGCCAAAGACUCGGCAGUUGGCUCGUCCUUUGACCAACAUGUCGUUGGGGGCUAUCGUUUCCUUAUGCGCUUUUACAAUCCUGGGGAUGACAUUUACAUGUUUGGCUUCAGUCGCGGCUCGUACAUUGCCCGCUUUUUGGCUGAGAUGCUUGACUACAUCGGUCUCUUGUCUCACGGUAACGAAGAAAUGGUUUCAUUCGCCUGGAAGGCAUUCGCCAACUGGCAGAGUCGCCGCGGUGGUGACAAAGAUGAGAAGCUUGCCGAAGAAGACGAGAAGAAGAAGCAUGAGAUGUACCACUUCAUGAAAGGCUUCCGUGAGACUUUUUCGCGACCAGUUGGCAGGAUUCGGUUCCUGGGUCUGUUCGAUACCGUCAACUCUGUGCCUCGGUUUGAGACAGCGUGGAUGCAGCGGAGCAAGUUUCCGUAUACGGCGCGUAGUAGUGCCAGAGUCAUCCGGCAUGCAGUUAGUAUCGAUGAGCGACGAGCCAAGUUUCGACAGGACUUGAUGUAUCAGCAACACAACAACAAGCGCCGCCGCAAUACCCACGGCCACUGGAAGAAGGAUUUGGGGCACAUGCUUGGCCAUGGGCAAGAUGAUGAAUACAGUGGAGAAGUAGACGGUGGAGAAAGAAUGCAUAACCAAGGCCGAGGCAGACGGCCCAGCCAACAGUCGACAGCAGCGGACGGACGGCCGUCAUCGGCGAAUCCACAAACCAGCAAGUAUAUGCCAUACAGGGCCAGGUCAAGAUCUGCUGCCCGCCCAGAACGCCGCCUCGGCGACCAAGAUAUUGACGAAGUAUGGUUUGCCGGUGGCCAUGGCGACGUGGGAGGUGGAUGGCAAACAGAUGUCGUUGGCAGCAAGAAUGCAAGCCAUGUGCCUUUGAUAUGGAUGGUUCGUGAAGCCAUCCGUGCUGGCUUAAAAUUCGAUCUAGAAAAAGUCCAGGAGCUGGAUUGCUUUGACCUGUACAACGAGUAUGGCAAGCCAUUUGCACCUUCAAGCCCAGACACUAUGGGCGAUGACGACGACCAAGAUUUCAAGAAGACGUUCCUCGAGAUGAUGCACAAGGCACAUAUCGCGAAAAUCCACGACUCCCUCGUCUAUGGCGGCGGCCUUUCCACAAUGGCCGUCACCGCCUGGAACAUGAUGGAGUGGAUGCCAUUCCGCCGAAUGGAUCUUCAGGCUGACGGGACUUGGAAGCCUAUCAACUGGCCACUGCCGCGCGGAGAAGUGCGAGACAUUCCGAACAACGUCCGCGUCCACGGCAGUGUCAUCCGCCGCAUGCAGAUGGAUGAGAGCUACCGUCCAGGCAACUUGAUUGUCGGUGGAGGAGGCCGAGGAAUGCGUCAUGCACCUGAAGAGUACGGCAUUGGUGAAUGGGUUUGUGUGCAGGAAGAGGGCGAUCCCAUUGGAGAGAUUUGGGUGCGAAAAGGCGACCCUGUGAAGCUAGAGAUUAACAAAAAGAAGAAGAAGAAGUCAAAGAAGAACAAGGAGAAGGAGAAGGAGAAUGAAAAGAGGGAAAGGCAAAAUUAA